AUGCUCGAACCACCGCAAAGAGGCUCAAUGUGGCGUUUUGGAUUCGAUGUACCACCUAACUAUAAUGAUAUGAGUAAUUAUUGUGGUGGAAAAGAUAAUCAAUGGACUGUACAACAUGGUCGAUGUGGCGUUUGCGGAGAUCCAUUUCAAGGUCCUCGCGAACAUGAGAAUGGUGGAAUAUACGCAACAGGUAUCAUAGGGCGUACAUAUGAAGCAGGCACAACAAUCAAUACAACAAUUGACAUCACUGCUAAUCAUUUUGGAUACUUUGAAUUUCGCUUAUGCCCACUUGAUAUGGGAUAUUCACGUCGAACACGUCGUUUAACUCAACAAUGUCUUGAUCAACAUCUUUUGAAAAUUGGACCGAGUGAUUCGAAAUCAAACGGAGAUGAUACUCGAUAUUAUUUACCUCAUGGAAAUAAAUCAUAUUUUUAUGUACCCGUUGAAUUACCUUCAGAAAUACUUUCAUGUCAACAUUGUGUUCUUCAAUGGAAAUAUCAUGCCGGGAAUACGUGGGGAAAAGAUCAACAAGGGAGAAAAUGUUUAGGUUGUGCUGAUCAACAAGAAGAAUUUUAUAAUUGUGCUGAUAUUGCUAUUGUUGAACGAUCAUCGAGCGAACCGGUUACACAAGUUUAUAGUGAGAAUAGCACGAUAGUGAACCAUAGUGGUAGAAUUCAUUUUUUUCUCUCUACGAUUUCUUCGUUUAUUUGUGUUCUUAUUCUAUUAAUAAGAUUUUGUUUUUGA